UUUAUAUUAGCAUGUCUCAUGUGUCUUUUAAAUUCUUAUCUAAUGCAUUUUUCAAAAAUAAAAUUCUUAGGUUUAUGAAGAAAUAAUGCCAUCAACAACAAGAUCGAAAACCCUCAAUAGACGUACCACAGAUAAAGAAAAUCAUUAUACUUGCAAUGCCUGUGGCAAAUCAUUUACCAAAAAAUAUAAAAUUGCUAUCCAUUGUCAAUUGCAUUUCGGUGAAAAUCCAUGUCGGAAUAAGGUUUAUGAAGAAAUAAUGCCAUCAACAACAAGAUCGAAAACCCUCAAUAGACGUACCACAGAUAAAGAAAAUCAUUAUACUUGCAAUGCCUGUGGCAAAUCAUUUACCAAAAAAUAUAAAAUUGCUAUCCAUUGUCAAUUGCAUUUCGGUGAAAAUCCAUGUCGGAAUAAGGCCCUGGCUGGUGAAGUAACUAAGACAAAACAAAAAUGUUUUAUUUGCGAUGUUUGUCAUGCAACAUUCAAAGAAAAACACCACGUGGCACGACAUUGCAAAAUUCAUACUGGUGAUAAACCAUAUAAGUGUACUAUAUGUGGAAAGUUCUUUAGAGACCAAUCAAAUUUAAUGACCCAUAAAUGCAUUCACACUGUGGAAAAACGGUUUCAAUGUACCCAGUGUGGGAAAAAGUUUAUGAAAAAUGAUAAUCUGCUAGUUCAUUAUAGAACACAUAGUCACGAAAAACCAUACAAGUGUGAUGUAUGUAAAAAAUCAUUCUCUACUAGUGGAAAUUUAUCAAGACAUAAACUGACAGAACCAAAACGUUUGGAAAGAGUUUUUGGAUAUUUUGCGUUUUGAUAAAAUUCUAGUUUAAUAAUAAUUUGUUAAAAUGUGAUAAUACUGUAGUAAAGUAAUCAUUUAUUUUUAGUUAUAGCCUUAAGAAAUUGUUCAAAGUUUGUAAUUUUUUUUUUAAAUAUUCUCUAUAAAUAUUUUACUUUGUAAAAAGCUUGAGAAAUUGUAUGCAAGGUUCCUUUAUAAG